AUUACAAUGAUUCGUUGAAAUAUUUUUAUAGUAGCAGUACCAGCCAUCAACCAUUAUCCACAAUUCAAAAAUCAAUGCUUGCCAUAAAAUCUGCAUUAACAGCUUUCUCAGAUCCUACAAGACAAGAUAUGAUUGCAAUAUUAGGUGAGACAACCAGUUCAAUAUUCUUAAGUCAACUCCGAGAUAAGAUGUUGCAUGAUACAACAGGACGUCGUAUAUUACGUAGCAGACCUACAGUAAACACAAAUGUUAUUGAUUUAAAUUAUUUGAGAAGUUUGCCUGAUGGAAGUUUUGGUAGAGAAUAUUUAAAUUUUCUAGAAAAAGAAAAUGUCACUCCAGAUUCUAGAGCCAAGGUAAAAUAUAUCGAAGAUGAUGAGUUAGCAUAUGUUAUGCAAAGAUAUAGAGAAUCUCAUGAUUUUUAUCAUACUCUAACAAAUUUACCUACAAGUGUUGAGGGUGAAUUGGCAUUAAAAUGGUUUGAACUUGCACAAACUAAUUUGCCAAUGACUUUACUAAGUUCAUUGGUUGGUCCAAUGAGAUUGAAUUCAACUGAGAGAAACAACCUAUACAAUAAAUAUGUACCUUGGGCAAUACAAUGUGGCAGUCAAUCUAAAUUACUUUUAAAUGUGUAUUUUGAGGAAUGUUGGUUAAAAAAUAUUGAUGAAUUAAGGAAUGAAUUAGGAAUUUAUAUUAUUAAAUAA